UCGGGGAGAGAGAGAGAGAGAGAGCAAACUGCGAAGAAAUGGAUUUAAGUAUUUGUGGGUUGAGAGAAGCCUCUGGGGCUUUGAGUUCAACAGCUGCUUCGAUUUACGGUUAUGGCUUCCUCAGAAUCUCCACACACCCCCAUAAGCCCUCAUUUCGAUUCUGGGAAUUCCAGUAUCCUGGAGUUUCGAACAAGCCUCUUCCCGUUCGCGCCAAGAAGAGGAACGCGCCUUCUAAGCCAGUUUUGAAGCCAACCAUCAUCGAAGAGGUGUCGGAGGACGAUGAAGAUGACCUUCUGUAUCGUGAUUUCGAAGAUGAGGAAGAGAUGGACGAGGAUAAUUAUUUUGAGGAUGAGUAUUUGGCAGAAGAUAUUGAACCCUAUGCUGGGGAUGGAGAUGGAGGCGGCGGAAUUUCACUUGCUGGGACAUUCUGGGAUAAAGAAGCAUUGUCAAUAGCUGAAGAGGUUUGCCUAUCAUUUGAUGGUGACUUGAAAAUAUAUGCCUUUAAGACAUUAGCAAAUUCCACCAUUCGAGUGCGCAUUGAGAAGCUCUCAAACAAGUCUGGUUCCCCUAGUAUGGAUGAUAUUGAAGCUUUCUCAUUGGCCUAUAGAAAACGGCUUGAUGAAGCUGAACUUUCUGGAUCUAUUCCUGAGAAUGUAUCUCUGGAGGUGUCCUCACCAGGAGUUGAAAGGGUUGUUAGGAUACCACAAGAACUUGACCGGUUCAAGGAUCGUCCCAUGUAUGUAAAAUAUAUCAGUGUGGCUGCUGAAACCAGUUCUUCAGCUGAAAGUGAUGGUAUUUUCAGGCUAGUUGCUUUUGAUCUGGAAAGGAAGUGUUGCACAUGGGGUUUGGCAGAUGUUAAGGUCAAUAGAGAAAAAUCAGGCAAGGGAAGACCACUUAGCAAAAAGCAACGUGUUACAGAGAUCGUUUUGACCAUUGAAACUGAACUUGGUGAAAACAUAGCAACAUUUAUUUAACUGAAGUAUAUAAGUUAAAGAAAAACCUCUAGUGUUGAUUUUUUUUUUUCUUUUCUCAAAAAAUGGAAGAAAUGAAGUGGACUUAGGGGAGCUGGUACGUGAAUGAGAAUGGGAACAAGAAAUAUAGCAUAAAGAAAAGGCAAAGUACUGCAAUGCUGUGGGGACCAUGCAGUUUUUACACUUUCAUAUAGCUUUGCAACAUCACAAACUUUGUUUAAUUCAACGCAUUUCUCCUUUACUUUAAUAAAAUCAAAAAAGAGAGAAAAAGUUGGCAUGUCUA